GGGGAGAUGGUCCCAAGAUGGCGACGCUGCAGGCGGAGCGCGGGUACGGGCUGUCCUGCGGGCGGCUCGGCCGGGGCACCCGCGUCUCCGUCUUCCACGUCAAGCUGACGGACAGCGCGGUGCGGGCCUUCGAGGGCUACCAGGGGAGCAAGGACUCUGUUGCAUUGAGACCAACAAUCCAAUUCCAAGGAAACCAAGGGCACAUCACUAUUCCCAGGCCCGAUUGCCAAACGGAAGUGCGAACUUUCAUGUUUUAUCUUUCAAAUAUUGGCAGGGACAGCCCUCAGGGGAGUUUUGACUGCAUACAGCAGUAUGUAUCCAGCAAUGGUAAUAUCCAUCUGGAUUGUCUUGGAAGCAUACAGGAUAAAAUCACUGUGUGUGCUACUGAUGACUCCUACCAGAAGGCAAGGCAGAGCAUGGCACAAGCUGAGGAGGAAACUCGCAGCCGAAGUGCAAUAGUUAUUAAACCUGGCGGGAGAUAUGUAGGUAAAAAGGUUCAGUUUCGUAAGCCUGCACCAGGAGCUUCCGAUGCUGUUCCCUCUCGGAAACGUCCAACACCAGUCAACCUCGCUAGUGCAAUAAAGAGAGGCAAUAGUGCAAUUUCUCAGAGACCCUUCAAAGAUAGGGUUGUGCACUUAUUGGCACUAAAGCCUUAUAAGAAAGCUGAACUUAUUCUCAGAUUGCAAAAGGAUGGACUUUCUCAGCAGGACAAGGAUUUGCUGGACAGCCUCCUGCAACAGGUGGCAAAUCUGAGUGCCAAGGACAGCACUUACACAUUGAAAGAUUGUAUGUACAAAGAUGUACAGAAAGAUUGGCCUGGCUACUCGGAAGGAGAUCAGCAGUUACUGAAGAGGAUACUUGUUCGGAAGCUCUGUCAGCCCCAGAAUGUUAGCAGUUUUGUGGGAGAUGCUCCUUCCUUGAGUCCCCCAAAAGACAAUGUGAACUCCUGUUCCCCUCCUCAGAAACGAUCCCAGCCUUUGGAAUUCAUUGAUCCACUAGCCAACAAAAAGCCUAGGAUAUCUCACCUGGCCCAUAGAACUCAGCCCACUUUCAAUGGGAAACUGAACUCCUCAAACGGGAAAGAUGCACCUACUCCUGCGGUGCAGUCGGCUGUGGCCGAUUCUGUCAGCUCCGGCUCUCGCUUACCAGUUCUGGAGCUUCCAAGGCCUCGUGACGCCCUUUCCGAUGUCAGCAGUGACCUAAGUCACAAUGGCAGAGACUGUGAGAACCCAGAGGCAACUGACAGAUUGACUAAUCCUUUGUCAACAGACUGUCCCCAAACGAGCAAACACAACUGUAGCUCACUGUAUGUGAAAACAAAGAAAAAAUCCAAAAAGCACAAAGAAAAAGAGAGGAAAGAGAAAAGUGAAGAAAAAUGCAAAGAGGAGAAGCAGGACUGUGAACUAAUCAAGAAAGGUGACUUAAAAAUUAAUACCUCCAAGGGUGUCACAGGUUUAAAUGGAACAUGCAAUAAUUCUAGUGUACCAACCUCAACUUCGGAAAUGGCAGAUUAUUUAUUAAAAUAUGCCUCCAUUUCCUCUUUGGAGCAGCGUCAGAGUUAUAAGAAUGACUUCAAUGCAGAGUACAAUGAGUACAGAGACUUGCACGCCCGGAUAGAGAGAAUAACUCGACGGUUCACCCAGUUAGAUUCCCAGCUGAAGCAGCUUUCGCAGGGCUCUGAAGAAUAUAAGACUAUCCAUGAUCAAAUUUUACAGGAAUAUCGUAAAAUUAAAAAGACAAACCCUAAUUACAGCCAAGAAAAGAAUCGCUGUGAAUACCUUCACAACAAACUGGCUCAUAUAAAAAAACUGAUAGCAGAGUAUGACCAACAGCAGUUUUAGUCUUGGCACUAAUAUCUGGACUGGGUAGUGCAAAAAAAAUUCACUUGGAUGUUAGUUUCCUUUAUACAACAAAAAAAUAAAUUCCUUUCAGAGCCAAGCACGAAGUCCUCGUGGUUGGAAGAACUUGGAGAUGAUUAUGAUGCGGAGUCUGUCACACCAGCAUCUGAGCCAAGUAGUGAAACUAGCGUCUGGCAUAGUCCUCUCAAGUUUUACCCUCUCUGAAUGCUGGAAAGUAAAAUAAAGGAAAAUCUGCUUAUUUGAAGCCAGCUUUUGACACUUAAGGGAAACUUGCCUAAAGUGAAUAAAACUCCCAAAGGUAAAGAAUCAAUCGUUUUCAUGGAUAAAGUUUGGAAUGAAGUUCAGUUCUUGCUGGUCCAGCUCUCGCUGUGCUGCAUAUUCUGUUCUGCAGAUGGUGAGGAACUGGAAUGCUGCUAAGUUACCUCCUUCUCUGGCACCUGCAAUGUUCAUAUGCAAGCUGUCUGCGCUACAUGACACCAUGUUAAAUGCUCAAUUUCCCAGAGCUCUGGUUGGUCAUUCCUGUUUCACUUCUCCAGUUUGUGCUCUCCUUGAGGUGGCUGUGUCAGCAGGAGGGAAACUGCCCAGGAAUCUGCACCAAAUGCUUUGUCUGAUGCAGACUUUUGGAUUCUUCAUAUAUGAAAUCUCUUAUCCAGCUUGUGCAUUUGGAAACAAUCGGCGUAAACUUUGCCAUGGCUUCUCCAGUGUGCACAAUUCAGUCAGCCUGCAUUAUGCUUCAUAUACCAAUGCCAGGAAGACUGAGGCCUGUCUGUCUUCGACUUUUAUAGUUUUAUACCAAGACAGCCAAUUUUAUUAAUUGCUAAUGAGACUGUGGUCUAUUUUUCUAUAUAUAUAAAAAGAAGCAUCUUUUCUAAAACUGCCUCCCUUUUCCUUUAGGCCAAGUGUCAGAACCUUCCCUGUCUUACAACUGCAGUGUUACUAACGCUCACUUGGUAAUUACCCCGAGAAGUUGUUUUGUUGUUUGUUUGUAAUGACCCUUAGAAUGGGAUAAAAAGGGGUGGGAGGGCGAUGCUGCCUUGUUCUGUGUUCUGCACAUUUCCAAAGAAGCAGCAGCAGAGAAUCAAACGCUCAGAGUAGGAACCGGAAGAGACGUUUGAGAGAAGUAAGGUAGCAUGUCCAGUGCAGGUCACUUACACUGUUGUGCUUUGGCCAACCUUUCCUCUGGAUUUUUGGACUUGAAGGGACUACGUUAGAACAUGGCCGAGGCAUGAGGAACUCAGCAAAAAGCACAAGGGUGCCCUUCAGCGCUGUGGUUUUUACCUUUAAUCCUGCCAGCCUGUGAGAUUUUACUUGCUCCCACUUCCACUUUAUCUUCCAAACAGCAGAGAUUUUCUUUCAUCCCCAGUUGUGGUUCCUUGCAUCAGAAGAACGUGAUCCUCUUAGAGAGUGAAAUGGCAGAGUCAGGUCAUCAGGAAUAAGGGGGCGGGGGGGCGGAGGAAUGACUAGUUCUUCUCUGACUAGGUUUUGUUUUGUGUUUCGCUGCCCAAGAAAAUGUGGAUCCAUCUGAAAUAAUUCCAUUCCAGCUGGACUCUAUUGCUGCUAGUUUAAUAGGCUUGUGCUCCAAAACUCUCACCACUUGUCAUCUUAAAAGGCCCUUGUUCAAGGUGUAGAUAGUUUUAAAGUGUCAGAAUUUGUCUUUCCUGCCUAGUCCUCCAACACCAGUGGAAUUGCCAAUGCUGCGAUAGUUUGCUCCCACAGGGAUCUGGCUGAGUGCUAAUGGGAGCCAUUUGCAUACACUGCUAUGCCAGUUCUGGUACGGGGGUUCUGCAGCCAUGAUCCAUGACUAGCCAGUGGCCAGUUACAAUUUGCAGUCUAGCAGGAGGGCCUUGUGUUUUCAGAACCAAGCAGUAAAGGGUUAGUAAGGCCUUGGGAGGAUAAGGAGGCUCUCACAGAGGUCUGCAGAAUGACUUGGUGGAAGAACCCAGUGUUUUGUGGGAGUGAAGUCCUAGAAACAGCUGAAGUUUUAAGGAAAAUUUUGGUGUCUUCGCUUCCCCUACCCACAGAGCAGACUAAUGUUCCGUGGGGUAGGAGAGAUGGGGAAGGUUAUUCUUGUCUCGUGGACAUAAGUAGCUGUCUUCAGAACAUCUCAUGCCUCACUGGGGCUUCCAGUGGCUAGGGGAAGCUGAAAAAUAUGGAUGAUUUUAAAGUGAAAAGCUUUUGUCAAAUGAGUUUUUUUUCUCUCUUGAUUUUACACGCAUGAGUUCCCCCUCACCCCAACAGCAAGUGGUGGCUUCAUGGGAAUAUCACAAACAAAGGACGUCCAUUUUUCCUUGUCUGAGCUCAAAGCCUGCUAAAAACACGGGCGAUCUGAAACAGCUUUGAUCCAACAGACCUUCUGUAGCUGUGAGUUGCAUCAAGAUCUGUUUUAUUAGAGCAUCAGUGAUCUGUUUUGUUCCAGCUGUGGUUAAUUUGGGGGGUUACAUUGCCCUGCUGUUGGGCUCCCUCUUCACCUUGUUUGGACUGUUGUCAGCAGAGAUCUCUGGGCAUAUUGUGAGGAUUCACAAUGCAAG